AUGCAAACCCAAAAGGCACCGUCUGCGCCCAAGAGGCGGAAGAUGCAGGCGAAGAAGGUCGACGAUGAGGGGCUCAUGGCCUCGCUGUGCACGCUCAUCUGCGACCACCAGAUCGGCAUUUCCGUCAACCUCCUCACCCUCCUCUGCCUCACCCACACAUUCUUCCCCCGCGCCCGAAGCCGGACCUCCAAGUUCUUCCACAUGUCGUACUACAACCCCGACACGGACAUGUACGGCUGUGGCACCGACGAUCUGCCCUUUGUUCUGCUGUGGACCGUCAUAUUCACCGGCGUCCGCGUAGCAGUCAUGGAAUACAUGCUCGAUCCACUGGCGAGGCUGGGUGGUAUCCGCACAAAGAAAGGGCUGGACAGGUUCAAGGAGCAGGCAUGGCUCAUUGUCUACUACACUGCAUCGUGGUCUCUAGGAAUGUACAUCAUGUACCACUCGGAGUUUUGGCUGAAUCUCCACGCCAUAUGGGAAGGCUGGCCUUUCCGGGAAGCAGAUGGCCUGUUCAAGUGGUACUAUCUCGUCCAAUGGGGCUUCUGGGUUCAGCAGAUUCUCGUCGUCAACAUUGAGGAGAAGCGCAAGGACUAUGCGCAGAUGUUCACACACCAUAUCUUCACUACCGCGCUCAUGUGCCUGUCCUACGGUUACUUCCAUAUGCGCGUCGGCAUCGUCAUCCUGACCAUCAUGGACUUUGUCGACAUCAUCUUGCCCACCGCCAAACUCCUCAAAUACAUGGGCUACUCCAACGCCUGCGACUACGCCUUCGGUCUCUUCGUCAUCUCCUGGGUCGUCACCCGCCACGUUCUCUACAUGAUGGUCUGCUGGUCCAUCUACGCCUACGCACCCGUCGACAUGGCUCCCGGCUGCUACCUCGCCGACUCCACCUCGAAGCAGACCUCGUUCGUCCCUGCGUCUAAUGCAUCGCAAUUCGAAGCAUACGGCGGCAACAACCACUGGGGUAAUCUCCUCAAAGCAUACAGCGACCGCAACGGACCCAUUUGUUGGAACCCGCAGAUCCGCUACUACUUCCUCGCACUUCUCCUCACUCUACAAGUCUUCUGCUGCAUAUGGUUUGCGACUAUUGCAAAGAUCGUGUACAAGGUGCUCAAGGGGAAUGCGGCUGAGGAUCUGCGCUCCGACGACGAGGGCGAGGAUGAAGAAGUUGAGGUCGAUCAGACCAAGACGAUUUUCAACAUGGCGACUACGUGUGGUGAGAGCGGCAUGAGCUCAAGCGGUAUGACUGUACAGCCAAAGGAAGAGGAAGUCGGCGUUGAUGCGCUGACUUUUGCACGUCUGAAUGGGGCGAGUCAGCGACGACAGGCGAAGAGGGAGAGUGCAAGGGAGAGCGCGAGGGUGAGUGGGAUUAGUAUUCCUGGUCAUGGGGAUCGUAAGGAGCUUUUGGGUAGGAUUGGGUGUGAUAAGCCUUCUUGA